AGCUAGUUUUAAUUCCUUUGUCUGCUCCAGAUGUAACUAAAGUCUUAUUUAAGUGUUGAUUUACAGUUAAGUUCACGUUUUACCUCUGAAUUCUAGUGGGCUAGAAGAAAAAUAAAUACACAAGUAAAGUACAAGUAUCUCAAAAUUGUGAUUAGGAACAGUACUUGAGUAAAUGUACUUAGUUACUCUUCACCUUUGCACGUAAUAUGUGUUUUCUUGGACUGAAGCGCCCUUUAGUUUCAUCCUGUAGCUGCCAUGCAAGAUUAUACAUCGAUCAGUGCUUUCUUUUUCUAAAUUUGUAUUAUUGUUCAACUCAUUGCCAUUCUAUGCCUAGAUAUCAGGAUGUUGUAUUAUGUUAUUGGAUUGUUAAUAGCGAUGCAUUAUUGUGUGUGAAGUGUCAUGUCUAGUGGAUGUAGAGCUACUUUGAACUAUUGUGUAUACUACUGCAUGAUUUAUAGAUAACAAUGCGUAAUAUUUUAUAAACUGAUCAUAACAUAUUACUGUGUAAAUCUGAUGUGUUUUUUUUUAACUGUAACUGUCAGUUAAAUGUAGAGUUAUUGCAGUAACUUAGUUACUUUCCUCCAAAAAAUGAAAGGUACUAUUUUGCAUUUAGAAAUGAUUAACAUAAUACUUAAUCAGAUGUAAUGUCUGUCUCUAUGUAUGACUUAAAAAGUGAAAUGGGAAAAAUAUGUCAUUAUCUUCAUAACUUUGCCAGUAUUAUCCAAUUUCUGGUUUCUUCAUGUUAAAUUGUACACCUUUCACAGCGUAUCCACCCUCAUGGUAUUAGCUGCAAUACAACUUCCUCUCCACCAUCUUUCUUAGCCAACAAAACACUAUCAAAAUACAUGCAAAGACCUCUUUAAAACUCCUGACUUUUUACCUUUCACUGUGAUUCUAUUGUUGUUGAUGAUUCCGUAGCUAGUUUAUUAGCAUUGAGUGCAAAAUAAGGCCAUACAGUACUCUAAAAAACUAAACUGUGGCCAUUGAAGUUUUCCCUGCUUGCUGUCUCUUAACUUCUGCUGUAUGUUCUUCAACAGGAUGAGUCGAUACAUAAAAAAAAACAAUGUUUCCAAACAUUUUCAUUUGAAAGGCAUCAAGUAUGACGUUGUUGAAAAAUUCAGAGAGAAACUUGACAGCUUCACAGAUUACCAUGGCCUUAACAGUCCAGGUCUGACAUGCUAUCUGAACAGUAUUCUUCAGGUGCUUUACAUGACCGAAGACUUCCGGGAGGCUGUAAAACAGUGCCGCAGUAAAGAUUCAACAACCAUUGACUCACAGCUGGGAAGACUGUUUUCUGAUUUACAGAAAAGAUUGUCCAGAACACAUGACGUCACAAAAAAGCUGGGGAUCACAAAUGUAUAUGAGCAACGCGAUGCUGCUGAGUAUUUUGAGAAGAUCCUGUGUAUGACCAGUCCGGAUGCAGCCCAGAUAUUCAAAGGGGAGCUGAAUCACAUCACAAAAUGCCUGAAGUGCAAAGAGAGGAACCAGUCCAGGAGCUUUUUUUGGGUUCUGCCACUUGCAAUAGAAGACUUGCGUGGUCACAUCUACAGCGUGGAGAAAGGGUUAAAGGCAUUCUUCAAGGGGGAAAAAUGCAGCGGGGACGACACGAUGUACUGCGACCGGUGCAAUGAAAAGCAAGACGCAGUGUUGAAAUGUGAGAUAACAACAAAUCCAGAGAUUUUGACCCUCCUGUUGAAGAGAUUCAGCUUUGACUACAAGCUCAGGUGUUACGUUAAGCUCCAGUGCAACGUGGAUGUCCCGAAAUCUCUGUUCAUCGGGAAAUGCAAAUAUGACCUCUACGCUUUGGUGAACCACUUUGGGAAUCUAACAGGGGGUCAUUACACUGCGCACAUCAAAUCUAUUGAAACGGACACGUGGUAUCACUUUAAUGACAACAUUGUUAACAUGGUUCAACCACCACUCUUUGGGGCUUCAAAUCACUCCCUAAGGUCCUGUACAGCUUACCUCCUCAUGUACAAGAAGGUGAGCAGACAUCCUGAACAAAAUGAUGAGAGCGAGGAUGAUUUCCUUUCACAUUCAGGAGUCGAUGCUGAAGGAAGACAAGACGAGACAGAGAGAGGAGAGCUUCCUGUUCCUCAUCAUCAACUCAAUGAUGGAAGCUGCCAUGGAGGGGGAAACCUGAAGCUCCUGAACGCACCUUGUGUGAAGCCAGGCACCAAAGACUCUGGAGCAGAUGGAGACUGUUUGCAAUCACACAAGUCAGAUUUUCCAACGCUACAAAAGAGUCACGAGAACAGACAGCAGCUUGAUAGGAACUCAGAGCAGCCCAUGCAGCUUUUACACACCAGAGGGAAACACUCAGAACAUUUGGGAACACACAAGAUAAACCAUGUGUUAGAGCAAUCCACAAAGAAAAGACUGGAGGUGAAUGAGACUGUCUGGGGAACACAGAAAACUAAAGGAAGCCUUAGAAAUAGAGUCAAACAUGUGGAAGCAGAAGAACAUUUGUGUAGUUCUGAUGUAAAGUCACUUCCUGUUUCCUAUUCUUCUUCUUCACUUACAAACUUGAAAGGACACAAGCCGAUUAAAGUUUGCAUGCAGCCAUCCAUUAAGUGUAACAACUCUCCAAAACUAUGCAGAAAAUCCAACAAUUCGAUGAAAGACGGAGAGACCAUGCAACAUGCUGUGACUGCAGACUGCACACAAACUGUGAGCAAAGGAGGGAAAAGUCCUGAAGAUAGAGGACAGUCUGCAAAGAGCAGGGACAGAGACAAAAGAGCGCCAUGGAAGUGAUGAAAUGACAGGGAUAAUAUCUGUAUCUUUGUCAUAAGUGGCUUGGAUUUUUUGAUAUUUUGAUAUGUUAAUGCUUUUUAAAUAGGGCAUUUAUAAUAAACUUUCAAUACAAGGCU